AUGUGUGUCCAAGCUCUUGACAUUGAUAACAUCAUUGCAAAUGAAGUAACGGUGAAUAAGCACCUGUAUUACAGUAUAGCCAAUGAUACAUUCAAUGAUUUCCUGGUGUGGCAACAACUCUGGGGGCCUGUUGUACCAUUAGAAUCAGGUAGCUGUCCGAUUGGCAUGAAAGUAUAUUCGUAUAAACAUUCUGUUGGAUUAGCAAUUUUAUUUAACUGGUAUGAAGUUAGCGAUAAAACACGUAUUCAGCCAUUAGCCAAACGAAAACCAAAAGAGCCACCCAAGAAAGUUAGCACAGCUUUAAAUUUGCAAAUACAUAUAAAUAAAACUAUGGAAAUAUUGUUCAUUUGGUUAAUAUUUCGGUGA